UCAAGUCUCUAAGGUAACCACAUCACGUCAACUUGUCGCUAAGCCUCACGGCAGGUUACGUCCUAAUCCACUGUUUCAUGAACCGCUUGCAACUUGCGACCAUUUGAACAGCUCUAUGUCUACUUCUUCUUCACCCGAAUGCUUCGUUCUAACCGCCUCUCUAAUCACGCCACGCCCGUGAGAUCGUUUAAGUAACAGUUAGGUCACUUCAAUGAGCUGUUAGAUGUAAGGAUACCGGCAAUUGAUGCCACUGUCGGCCAUCCCCAUGAACGGUGCCAGUACACCAAACCAACCAGGACAUGACGAUGCCACGUAUAAUACAGCCCUGAGAGGUGCUUUCCUUGCCUUCCAGAAGACAGCCACCACCCCUACGACCUAUGUUCCUGCCACGCCGAUAUCUACCGCUACCCCGACUCGUGAGACCGCCAAUGGUCACGGAAAUGGUGCUCUUAUAGCGGCUACGUCGGCAUCGCGCGAUCGCAGCCUUGCUCAGUCGCCUUCCUUGAGCCUCCAAACCACGGGGAACAAUGGUACCCCGAGCCGACAUAACCAAGCGAUGGGCCAGGCUCACCUCCAGUCAACUAUGGGAGACGCACGUUCCCCAUCUCUCAUUGCGGCAACUCUCGCUGCAAGUCGAUCUGGAAGUCCUAAUCCCAAGCCUGCUCCCCUGGCACAGCUCAGUCUCCAUCAUCACCAUACUGCACAACAGCGCAAAGGAAAUCUGGGCGAUAAUAGCACUGCCAGCUCAGUUUUAGACGCGGAUCUUAUGCCGGAUUCAAGCUCAAUUGGUCCUACAAAUGCCCUAGUGUCGUUGUUUGAGCGGAAGGAGGGCGAGUCGGACCCGGCGAAGAAGCGACCAGCCCCGAUAUCUGGCAAUAAAAAGGGACUCAGAGUUGGUCUGCGGCCUAUGACACCACCUCGAACUAUGAGUCCGGUACUCACGUACGAAACAUCACCUUCAAGAUUGGCUUCGUCUCUCGCCUGGGAGAAGGUAGCAUUACCUUCACCAUGUACAGAAUCCAGUCCAGCUGCACCAAGUUCGACGCCUCAACGCAUAGAGGGACUGCCAGGAAUUAGAAAGCAGCCUCCUCCUGCUCCUCCUUCACGAAAUAAGGCUCAUACCGAGGUAGCAGUAUCUGCACCUCUUAAUCUCAAGAAGAAAACGAGACCCAUCACACCACCUCCGCGCGCUAUACGCCAGUCAAACGCUUUGGUUGUAUCUCCACAGCCGAUACGGACAUCGUCUCAACAGGUUAUAUCAAAGUCGUCAGAUCCGAGCCCUGCUUCUUCUACUCAAGUGCUAGAUAAGCCGAUGUUACAACAUCAAACUCGCGCACAUUCCACGACAAUGCCUUCAGUCGCAACCUUUACAGAUACAAAGGAUCCGGGCCUUUUGAUUCGUAGAUCUUCUAGCUCAUCAUCAAAUGAUACGUUCGUAUCUGCUUCAUCAGCCCCUUCACUACAGCCAGACUCACCACGUAAAACCCCCGAACCCUCUCUACCAUUACGGCCACCAUCAGUGCCCAAUACCUCUAUUCUACCGCCUCCGCGGCUUCCCGUGCUGCAGCCAUCUUCCCAUCUAGCUUUAGACUCACUCACCAAUGCUAUUGUUGCGGGGUCACUUGCAUCUGCUCGCGCAACGCCUACUAUAGCGAAACCUCCCACGCCACCUCCAUCUCGAAGGCAAAUACCACACAUACGUCAGACACUACGAGCACCUCGAACUAAAUCCGAAGAGGAACUGACUGGAGUGGGAUCUCAACAUAGGAAACCACUUGGCAAACUCAGCUCUCGGAAGAAACACGCUCACCGGGAAGGUGCCAGAAAACGAUGGCGCGAAGAGAUCACAGCCCGUGAAAGGCAGCGAUAUGAGGGCGUAUGGGCUAGUAACCGAGGUCUAUUAUUAGACGGCCCUAACGCUAUUUUGAACGGUUUGGGGGAUGCAAGUCAGCUCGUCGCGAAUGUAGUGGCACGCGAUAUAUGGACGCGCAGCCGGCUUCCAUUCGAUGAGCUGGCGGAGGUAUGGGACCUCGUCGACACUGAGGGUAGAGGUGCGCUGGACAGGGCUCAGUUCGUCGUGGGCAUGUGGCUGAUCGACCAGAGGCUGCGUGGCCGCAAAAUACCCAGGAAAGUGAGCGACAGCGUUUGGGGGAGCGCCAAGGGAGUGAGAGUGCUCGGGCCCAAGAUUAAGAGCUGAACACAAGUAUUAAACCUAAAAUACAUAGUUUUGGCGACUACAACUUCACUUGUUAAUAUUCAUUCUACCGAAGCUGUAUAUAUAUUGCAGGCAUGAUACCCAAUAAAUGAAACUUGAGCAUGGUUAUAAAUGCAGUUCUCGGAAUAGGGGGAUUAUGGUUGGCUUUUAAGCACAUAUUGUGUAGGUAGUCGUACUUUAGUGUACGAUGUAAGAACAGACUAUCAGCACCAUUGGACGC